UAAAGCCCUGGUCAAUGCAGGAUCAGUGAAUCACAGGAGACAGGAGCUAUAGUGGAUGUGAUUCGGAGGGAAUGCAACAGUGGGGGUCCAGUCUGGCUGAAGGGGAUGUCUCCCCAGUAACCUGAGCAAGUGAGAACAAAGGACUGGCUGAGAGAUUCACAGCUGAUACAUUGUAGCAGCCUGUAGUGGAGAGGCUGCAGCAGCAGCUUCAGGAUUUGGGUGCUAAUGGGCUCUUCCCACCUGUGUGACCCUUGUGCUUCAGGGAUACUCUGCAGGGCUGAGAGGGAGAAAAUUCCAUUGGCCCCUUGAUGCCAUUUAACUCUUUCCUACCCAGCUGGUGCCUCGCUGACCCUUAGUGAGAAGUCUUUGUACUUUUGUUAUCCAUCUAAACUUCAGGAGAGCAGAUCUGGGUGCUAUAAAACCCUGUUCUUAUAUUUCUGUCUGUCCUUGGAAUACGCAGAGUCCUGGAUUAUAUACUGGCUGAGCUGAGGGAGACAUGGAGGAAUAUUUCACAGAGGGAAGUCGCGUGUGGCUGGUGGAGAAAGAAACUCUGCUCCCCGCAACAGUGACCUCCAGCAGCGACGGAGAUGUCUUGUUUAACAGCGACUACGGGCAGGUCUUCAUUUACCCCCGAUGUUCCCUGUCCCGUGAGAAAGUUCUCCCAAUGCAUCAGAGCAGCAGGGAAGGGGUGGAGGACAUGUCUCUUCUGUCAGAUCUACAUGAAGCCUCCAUAAUGCUGAACCUGAGAUUGCGCUACCAACAGGACAAGAUCUAUACAAACAUUGGCUCGAUCCUGGCCUCUGUUAACCCGUACAAGCCCAUAGCUGGUUUGUAUGAUGAGGAAUGCGUGGAUUUGUACAGCCGCCACCACUUUGGAGAAUUGCCCCCCCAUAUAUUUGCUAUUGCAAAUGAGUGUUACUGCUGCUUGUGGAAGAGGCAUGACAGCCAGUGUGUGCUUAUAAGCGGGGAGAGUGGAGCAGGGAAGACAGAGAGCACCAAAUUGCUGCUGAAAUUUCUCUCAUCAAUGAGUCAGAACUCGGCCGGGGGAGGAGGAAUGCAGACGCACGUGGAGGAAGCCAUCAUGGAGAGCAGUCCUAUCCUUGAAGCUUUCGGGAAUGCCAAAACAGUGUACAACAACAACUCCAGCCGCUUUGGGAAAUUCAUCCAACUUCACUUCUCGGAGCAGGGACAUAUUCAAGGGGGGCGUGUGGUGGACUAUUUAUUAGAGAAGACGCGGGUCACACGCCAGAGCCCAGGGGAGAGGAACUACCAUAUAUUCUAUGCUUUGCUUGCAGGAGCCAAUAAGGAGGAAAAAGAAACGCUCUCCCUCUCUGACCCGCAAACCUACCAGUAUCUUAGCACCUCUGGCUGCGUGACGGCAGAAGGACUCAAUGAUGAGGACAUGCAUGAGAAAGUUCUGGCUGCCCUGCAAGUGAUGGAUUUUAGUGAUGAGGAGAUCAGAGAAAUGUGGAAAUUGCUGUCCGGAAUUCUGCAGCUGGGGAACCUGGAGUUUAUGACAGCUGGAGGGGCCCAGAUCACAACCAAAGCAGUACUGAGUGAUGCAGCUGAUCUUCUUGGACUGGACUCAUUCCAGCUAUCUGAGGUUCUGACACAAAGAUCCAUGAUUCUCCGUGGUGAAGAAAUCAGUUCUCCUCUCACGGUGGAGCAGGCAACUGACUCCCGGGAUUCUCUUGCCAUGGCACUAUAUGCUCAGUGCUUUUCCUGGCUUCUGGGCAAGAUCAAUUCUCGUAUUCGAGGCAAAGAGAACUUCAAGUCUGUGGGGAUUCUGGAUAUAUUUGGCUUUGAGAACUUCCAGGUGAAUCGGUUUGAGCAGUUCAACAUCAACUAUGCCAAUGAGAAGCUGCAGGAAUAUUUCAAUAAGCACAUCUUUUCCCUCGAGCAGCUGGAGUACAACAGGGAGGGGAUCCACUGGGACGCCAUAGACUGGAUGGACAAUGCAGAGUGCCUAGAUCUAAUAGAAAAGAAAUUAGGGAUUUUGGCUCUAAUCAAUGAAGAAAGUCGUUUUCCUAAAGGGACAGACUUCACUCUCCUUGAGAAGCUCCAUAACCAGCAUUCGAAUAACCCCCAUUACGUGAAGCCUCGUGUGACUGAGCACCAGUUUGGCAUCAAGCACUAUGCGGGGGAGGUUACAUAUGAUGUGCAGGGGUUCCUGGAGAAGAACAGAGACACGUUUAGGGAUGAUAUUCUAAACAUGCUCAGGGACAGCAGGCUAGACUUUGUGUAUGACCUGUUUGAGAAAGUCUGCAGUAGAAACAGCGAGGAGACUCUUAAAAUGGGGACCCAGAGAAAGAAGCCGACAGUCAGCUCACAAUUCAGGGAGUCUCUCCAUUCCCUGAUGGCCGUGCUCAGCACAUCUAACCCUUUCUUCAUUCGCUGCAUCAAACCCAACACUGAGAAGCUCUCAAACACAUUUAACCCAGAUGUGGUGCUGAACCAAUUGAGAUAUUCUGGAAUGCUGGAGACAGUGAAGAUCCGGAGAGCUGGAUUUCCUGUGCGCCGACUCUACCAGGAUUUUGUCAGCAGGUACAAGAUGCUCUUGAAGAAUCUCAAAGCCACAGACGAGGUGCGGGAAAAAUGUGCCGCUUUCCUGCAGUCCUACGAGGGCACUAAAAGAGAAUGGCAGCUGGGCAAAACCAAGGUGUUUAUGAAAGAGGCAUUGGAGCAGAAGCUGGAGAAGAGCCGUGAAGAGGAGCUGAGGAAAGCGGCCUUGGUGAUUUGCGCUCACAUCCAAGGAUACGUUGCAAGGAAGCGUUACACUCGUGUUCGUCUCUGUGUAAUCACGAUCCAGAGGAAUUACAGGGCCCAUUUCUGGCGUACAGCCUUCUUGCGCCUCCGCCGAUCGGUUGUGCAGUUCCAGAAGCACUGGAGGGGGGUGGUUGCUCGCCGACUCUAUCAGCAAAUACUGGAGGAAGAGAGGAAACUUCGGGAAGAGGAGGAACGCAAGAGGAAAGAGGAGGAAGACAGGAGGAGACUGGAGUUGGAAGAGCAGAGGAAGCAAGAAGAGGAAAGGAAAAGAAGAGAAGAGGAAGAAAGGAGGGAGCAGGAACGGUUGGAGGCAGAGUUACGGGAAGCUCAGGAAGAGCAAGAGAAAGCCAAGAACUUGGAGAACAUCAUACUCCAGGAGGAAGAGAGAAGGCAAAUGAAUGAAAUACUAAGGCUAGAGAAGGAAAUUGAGAAGUUGCAUCAACAGCAGAAACUGGAUGGUGUCUCUAUCUCCUGCACAGAGACGCAUAAAGAAUUGACUCGGCAGCGGGAGGAGCAAAUCCAUAAGUUGGAGAAGGAAGCCUCGCUGGUUGCUCAGGAGUUCCUAGAGCUCCUGGAUUUUGGGAACUUGGAAGUGAGUGUGCAGUGCUUGGAGAACGGCAUUGAUGGGACUGUUGGUGCAGAGGGCAGCCUGGUGGCUCCUUUGGCUGAGGAGGAGGUAGAUGAAGGAUUCCAUGCAGAUGAUGAGAUGUUGCCCCCUCCACCUCCUAUGCUGUUGGAGGAUAAUGGCGCAAGAACCAGUGAGAGCUUCUCUGAGGAAGAAACUUACACUAACAUCCCUAUUGAUGUACCUGGAGCUCAAAGCAACAGCUGUGCUGACACAUCACUUUCUCCUUCAGAGCCUCGAUCUGCUCAUGACCUUUAUAGCGUCAUAUCAGAUAAGUCUGAGAGUAUAUAUCAGUGCGUGUCUGAUACUCAAAGUACCAGCGAGGAGCAACAGGAACCCAUCUACAGUUAUCCCCCUGAUGUGGAGUCAGACUAUGACCAUGAAGAAUUUGAUGAAGCCCUACCAGGUUCCAGCAUGAAUCUAAGCAAUGAACAUCUGACAGAUGAGGAGCUUAUGAGAAUUUCAAAGCCCGGGAGUUUUGGGUCUCGAUGUGGCAGCGUGGAUUCGUUCUUGGACAGUGAUGAAGAAGUUGACAGUCAUAUUGAUACAGAUGAAGAGUUAAUGACUGGGCGAGUGACCCUGUUUAAUGGAGGAGGGCCUCCUUAUUUUCACAGCUAUCUUUACAUGAAAGCUGGGGGCCUAAUGAACAUCUGGAGGCGCCGUUGGUGCGUACUGAAGGAUGACACAUUUAUGUGGUUCCGUACAAAGCAGGAAGCUCUUAAGUCCGGUUGGCUGUACAAGAAGGGUGGUGGGAUGUCCACUCUGUCCCGGCGCAACUGGAAGCGCCGCUGGUUUGUUCUACGAGAGUCUAAGCUCAUGUACUUUGAGAAUGACGGCGAGGAGCGCCUCAGAGGGACUAUUGAUAUCAGGACUGCCAAGGCGGUUAUAGACAUACAUGAGAAGGAGAAUGCCCUGGAUAUUGUCACCGAGGAGAGAACGUAUCACAUAGUGGCUGAGACACCUGAGGAUGCCAGUGGUUGGUUUAAUGUCCUCAGCAGAGUUCACAGCGCCACGUCCCAACAGCUACGAGACAUGAGGGAUGAACAGGCCAACCCCAAGAAUGCUGUGGGAACUCUGGAUGUGGGUCUCAUAGACUCUGUGUGUGCUUCCGACUGUCCUGAUAGGCCAAACUCCUUUGUGAUAAUCACUGCAAAUCGUGUGAUACACUGUAACACAGACAUAGCAGAGGAGAUGCACCACUGGAUCUCACUACUGCAGAAGCCCCGUGGAGAGGCCAAGGUGGAUGGGCAGGAAUUCCUUGUAAGAGGUUGGCUCCACAAGGAGGUACAGAGCAGCACAAAAAUGGCAUCUCUGAAACUAAAGAGGCGGUGGUUUGUGUUGACUCGGAAUGCCCUCGAUUAUUACAAGUCCUCUGAACGGGGAGGGUCCAAGCUCGGGACCCUUGUACUCAACAGUCUGUGCUCUGUGGUGCAGCCUGAUGAAAAGGUUCACUCAGAAACAGGAUACUGGAAUCUUGUUGUCUAUGGGCGGAAACAUUCAUACAGGCUCUACACCAAACUGCUCAACGAGGCAAUGAGGUGGGCUAACGCCAUCCAGGGAGUCAUUGAGAGCAAGACACCCAUUGAAACCCCCACUCAGCAGCUGAUCAGAGAUAUCAAGGAUAACAGCCUAAACAGUGAGGCUGUGGAACAGACCUACAAGAGGAAUCCUAUUUUGAGAUAUACCCAACAUCCGCUGCAUUCUCCUCUGCUGCCAUUGCCUUAUGGACAUGUCAACCUCAACUUACAAAAAGAGAAGGGCUAUACCACCUUACAGGAUGAGGCUGUCCGCAUCUUCAACUCCCUACAGGAGAUUGAGACAGUUCCAGAUCCAGUCCCUAUAAUCCAGGGAAUCUUACAAACUUGCCAAGAUCUGAAGUCCCUACGGGACGAGGUUUACUGUCAGCUGAUCAAACAGACCAAUCACGUGCCUGAGCCUAACAGCCCUGGAAAUUUGCACCACUGGCAGCUCCUGUCCUGCAUGAGUUGCACCUUCCUUCCAGGACGGAACAUUCUGCGAUAUCUCAAAUUCCAUCUGAAAUGGGUGAGGGAGAGCUUUCCAGGCACUGAAGUUGAACAGUUUGCCCACUUUAUUGUUGACGUUCUGAAGAAGACCAAGUGCAGAGAGAUGGUCCCAUCCCAAGAAGAGAUCUCUGCUCUUCUGACACGAAGUCAGAUGACCACCUCUGUUUACUGUCAUGGCGGCGGCUCCUGCCAGAUCAGCAUUAACUCUCAUACCACAGCAGGAGAGGUCGUGGAGAAGUUGAUUCGGGGUCUCUCCAUGGAUAACAGCCGCAAUAUGUUCGCUUUGUUCGAACACAACAAUAACACAGACAGGGCAGUAGAAAGUCGGGUCAUUGUGGCCGAUGUCUUGGCAAAGUUUGAAAGGCUGGCAGGUACAGGGGAUGAGGAGGAUGACCCGGGGCCUUGGAAUCUGUAUUUUAAACUCUACUGUUUCCUGGAUGUACAGAGUGUCCCAAACGAGGGUAUUGAGUUUGCUUUCAUGUUCGAGCAGGCCCAUGAAAGUCUCACCAGUGGUCACUUUCCUGCUCCAGAGGAGACUUUACAGCAUUUGGCUGCACUCAGGCUUCAGUACCAGAAUGGAGAUUUCUCCAAGAUCACGUGGUCCUUGGAUACCAUGUAUCCCGUACAGAGACUCAAAGCUAAAAUCCUACAGGCCACUAAAAGCAGCACGUCUGGUCACACCUUGGAGAGGAGGAGAACCAGCUUCCUAGAGGGCACUCUGAAACGUGGUUUUAAGGUCGGUUCCAUGAGGAAGCAGAAGCUGGAGGAGGAACAGAUGAUGGAGAUGUGGGUGAAGGAAGAGCUGUCAGCGGCUCGCACAAGCAUUGCUGAGAAAUGGUCACGGUUACAGGGGGUGUCCCAGCACCAAGCCAUGGUGAAAUACAUGGCCAUUGUGAGCGAAUGGCCAGGAUAUGGCUCUACACUCUUCGAUGUUGAGUACAAGGAAGGGGGGUUCCCCAAUGAUCUGUGGCUUGGGGUGAGUGCCGAGAAUGUGUCGGUGUACAAGCGCGGAGAUGCAAAGCCACUGGAGAAAUUUCAGUAUGAGCACAUUAUUUUCUUUGGAGCACCUCAGCCCAACACCUUCAAGAUCACUGUGGAUGACAGGGAGAUGUUCUUUGAAACUACCCAGGUGGGGGAGAUUACCAAAAUCAUGAGAGCGUACAUCAAUAUGAUUGUGAAGAAGCGAUGCAGUGUCCGAUCUGUGACAAGCCAGGACAGCCAAUCCAGCAACUGUGCUAGGUGACCCACCAGCCACAUACUGUGGGACUAUUCAUCAUCCUUCCCCUGAGAAAUUUUGCAGUUAAUAUGGAUGAUGAUCCCAAAAAAGGGUGAAGAAUGUUUCAACAUUGUAGCAAAAUACUCCAAUAAUUCUGAUUUUUAUUUUAUACCACAAGGGUAAAAACUGUGAAAGAGUUUAUCUCUUUGGCCCUGGAAGAAGCCAUUAUUUUAAGGUGAUGUUCCAGGAGGACAUAAGACCCAAAUUCUUACCUGAUCUUCCAUUGAUGCCAUCCCCUGAAAUAAUGCAGACUCAAGCCUUUUAUAGUAUUAUCUUGUCUCAGGGCUUUCAGGACUUCUGAAAAUCUUAAACACUGUGCAUGAUGAUUGUUUGUUUUCCGGCAUUGGAGAAAUUCUUUAAAACAUUUCCCUUGCAGAACAGUAUUCAACUGCUAAGCAGAAUUGGACUGUCCUUUCCAAAUGCUCCUAUGAGGUGGAAUUUCUCAUUACAUUUUACUAUUGGUUUGGUCAUUGUAAGAUGGAUUCUUUUUCCAGUUAAGGAUAUUUUCAAGUCUAGAGCACAUGAAGAUACCUGGUUUUCUAUAGCCGUCUCUUUAUGUAUUCCCAUUGGCCAUCCUUGUUGUUGACCUACCACAAAUCUGUUCCUGGUGAGCACUGAUCCUGGAUGGCUAUUGUAAAUGUUGUCUUGGGAACCCAUUAAACACCCUUUAAAUAUUGAUCCAGGGGUUAUAAUGCCUUUGGCCCCUGGGAUGUUGAACUCCCAUUGCCCUCCCUUCUUCAGGGGCAAAGUUUGCCCAGUUGUGCUCCAGACAAUCAAUUUAUGAUCAGGACUUUACUAAUGAUUACAACUACAAAUGAUUAAACCUGGGAAUUUGGGAGCACCUUUGUAUUUAAACCUAUCCUUCCUCAGCCAUGUGGCCCUAAACAUAUACCUAUGGAGCAAAGAGAAAGUAUUUGCAGACUACAGUAUCUUGGUCUUUAAAAUAAAAUAAAUAGAACAUUUAGAGGUGUGGGAGAACAAGUGUCGGGAUUUGUCUCUCACCAAUUGGUGAAUCCAGGCCAUUGCGUUUUGUCUACCUCUAGUUGUAACGUGGAUGGUCAUAUUGUGCUCCUGGGCUGCUGCGGGCAGCGGAGACUCAGGAAUGAAUGUAUUUUACUCCUAUUCUGGUUGUUACUAUUUGAGUGUCACAGCAUUUACAGUAUAUUGCUAAUAAAUUAUUGAAUUAUU